CCCGCCACGUGCGGCGGCGGCGGCGGCGGCAUCAUCGUCCGCCAUGGAGCUGUGGGAGCUGGGCGUGGGCGAGGAGUGCGGCGUGUUCGGCUGCAUCGCGUCGGGGGGCUGGCCCUCGCAGCUCGACGUCCCCCAUGUCAUCACCCUCGGCCUCGUCGGCCUGCAGCACCGGGGCCAGGAGAGUGCUGGAAUUGUGACAAGUGAUGGACACACAGAGCCAACGUUCAAAAUUCAUAAAGGAAUGGGGCUAGUAAAUCACGUGUUUACUGAAGAUAAUGUGAAGAAGCUGUACGUCUCGAAUCUGGGAAUUGGCCACACGCGGUACUCCACUACCGGGAACUCGGAGCUAGAGAACUGUCAGCCUUUUGUGGUGGAAACCCUCCACGGGAAGAUUGCCGUGGCCCACAAUGGAGAGUUGAUAAAUGCUGUCCGCCUGAGGAAAAAGUUGCUGCGUUACGGCGUGGGGCUUUCCACGAGUUCCGACAGUGAGAUGAUCACCCAGCUUUUAGCGUACACGCCGCCUCAAGAACGCGAUGACACUCCAGACUGGGUGGCAAGGAUUAAAAACCUGAUGAAAGAGACGCCUACGUCGUACUCGCUGCUCAUUAUGCACAGAGACGUCAUUUACGCCGUGCGCGACCCUUACGGAAACCGUCCCCUCUGCAUCGGCCGUCUCAUUCCUGUAUCGGACAUAAAUGGAAGAGGUUUAUUCAGCGUUGCAGGCAGAUCCACACCUAAACCAUCCCGGACAGGAAAGAACAGCACCGAAACAGAGGGUUGGGUGGUGUCCUCUGAGUCCUGUAGCUUUCUGUCCAUUGGCGCAGUUUAUUACCGGGAAGUCUUACCUGGAGAGAUUGUGAAAAUUUCCAAAGACGAAGUUCAAACCCUGGAUACCGUAGAAAGAUCCCGAGGAGGCCCAGCAGCCUUUUGUAUCUUCGAAUAUGUUUAUUUCGCGAGACCGGACAGCAUGUUUGAAGACCAGAUGGUGUACACGGUUCGACAUCGGUGUGGCCAGCAGCUGGCCAUCGAAGCCCCCGUGGAUGCAGACCUGGUCAGCACGGUCCCCGAGUCCGCCACUCCGGCUGCGCUCGGCUAUGCAGGAAAGUGUGGCUUACCCUAUGUAGAAGUGCUGUGUAAAAACCGCUAUGUAGGGAGAACCUUCAUCCAACCAAAUAUGCGAUUAAGACAGCUGGGCGUGGCCAAAAAAUUUGGAGUGUUGUCGGACAACUUCAAAGACAAAAGGAUCGUUCUUGUCGACGAUUCCAUUGUGAGAGGCAAUACCAUCUCACCCAUAAUCAAGUUACUCAAGGAAUCUGGGGCAAAAGAGGUGCAUAUCCGGGUAGCUUCACCGCCCAUCAGAUACCCCUGCUACAUGGGAAUAAAUAUUCCUACAAAAGAAGAGCUGAUUGCCAAUAGGCCGGAAUUUGACAACCUUGCAAAAUACAUCGGAGCAAACAGCGUUGUGUAUCUCUCUGUUGAUGGACUGUUAUCAUCCGUUCAAGAAGGGAUCAAAUGUAAGAAGAAAGCGGCAAAGCAAGAAAACGAAAUUCAAGAAAAUGGGAUUGAUGUGAAGUCAUUUCAAAGGAACGGUCAUUGCACCGCAUGCCUCACUGGGAAGUAUCCAGUCGAAUUGGAAUGGUGAAUUGUCCUUGGAUGGGGCGCCAGUGAAAAGUGAAAGCGGAGGGAUUUUGUUAGAUGCAUGGUGUAAAAAGCGAAACAAACCAAAUCCACUGUUACUUCAUGAAACCAUGCAGACGUGGUGGGGUUUUUUUGUUACCUUUGGUCUUUAUAAUUGUGAGUAUCAAGAAUCUUUGGUUUUGUUGUAUGAUGUAGAUAAAUAUAUUUCUUUAUCCAG